GCCGUCGCCUCGCCCCUGCGGGCUCCGGCCGGAGCUGCCGGAACGUGGGCUCCGACGCGCCUCGCCUCCCGCGAACGCGCCCUGCGCUGCAGCCCCACCCUGCGGGCACCGGCCGCCGCCGCCGGGACCCGCGCAGGGGGGUGCGGGCGCUGGCCACCGCCGCCGGGACAUGCGCCGGCUGCGGGCUCGGCCUCCGCCGCCAUCUUUUCGGGAUUUUCGGAAGUAUUUUUGGGGAUUUUUCGUUCUUCACGUUGGAGGCCAAAUCCCGCGAGAUUUGUUUUAGGAAAUUGUUGCUAGGACAUUUGUGAGCAACUUUGGCUUGAUCCUCUCUCAAAUGUCUAACGGAUUCGGCUUGGAUUUGGAGUUUUCCCCAAAACCGAGUUCUUCGUAGGGUUUCGGUUGACUCCAAAAUUCGUGAUGGAUGCUUGAGGUUUCCAUGAGAUUCUUUGUGGAUCUGUUUGUCCUUGGGGCAGUGAAUCUAUGGCUCAAGUUUUGCUUUGAUUCGUUGUGAUUUGGGAAAGUAAUUUUGAUUCCAAGCUUUGCUAGCUCUCAUGUUCUUCCCCGUGGACAGGGAGAGCCUCACGGAGGCCAGGUCGGGGGCAAUCGGCGCGCUCAUCAGCACAAUCGUGCUCUACCCGCUCGACACGUGCAGGACCAAGCUCCAAGCCGAGCUCCAGAUGCACCAGGGCAUGCACAAGUACAGACAUUACUCUUAAGGCGAUAGAAGGAAAAAACUUUCUGUCAACACUAAUGAGGUUGUACCAUUUGGAGCAGCCAUGCAGUAGGUUCAGAUUGCAGAUUGAAAUGAAGAACAUCUGCAGUACUAUUUUCAAUUGUGAUCAAAUUUAUAUUGGCGGUUUUCAGAGUUUAAGACUGGUUGUGUUGGAUUCCAGAGAACCGGAUUGGUCAUUUUGCCCAUUUUCUUACCAGCUAGGAGCUAGGUUGCUUCUGCAACAUCAGCUAUGAAGUCAGUGUUUUUGCAAGAGGUUCAAUAGCAGGAUAGUCUAGGCGAGCUAUGAAGUCAUUUGGAGCUAAUGCUGCCUUAUCCCCAUGCUGGAUCUCCAUAUGAUAAGAAACUUUACCUUAUUGAUCUUGGUUUAGCAUCCAAGUGGAGGGAGGCAAAUGUGAAUCAUGUUGAUUAUGAUCAAAGCCUCAUGUCUUUAGGAACUCCUUACAGUCAGCAAUCAUGCAAGGUUAGUGAAUCAUUCCCUUACAAGUGGAUCAAUAAAAAGUGGAAAGAAGGUUUUCAUGUAACAUCUAUGGCCACCGCUGGAUAUCGCUGGGGCGUGGUCAUGUCAAGGAACUCAGGAUAUUCUAAUCAGGUUGUAGAGUUGGAUUUCUUGUACCCAAGCAAAGGCAUCCAACAAGACAUGUUACUAAUUAUGCAAUUUAAGUUCGCAGACAUACGUGAUCAUUCAUAGCUAUUCGGGGGAAAGCAUUAGUUUUGUGUUGAUGAUAGUGCUUUUGGAACAUGUGUUUCUUUUGUAAUCUGUAGUUUAUCCGUGGCAUUAGCACGGGCACCUUACUAGUAGUGGAAUAAGGCAUGUUAGGUUUUGUCCAGAACCUCAUUAUCCUACUAUUCGACACCACCUGACAUGCCACUUUCUGUGUUGUCUCUGUUUAGUUAUGUAAUGUCCUCUAUUGCAUGUCUUUAAUUCCAUCAGAUUAUGUCGACUAA